AUGGGAAAUGUUUGCUAGAAUAAAUCAGCUUAUUAGCAGGUGGUAGAUAAACCAAGUAAUUCUUUCAAAUUUGAUAAUUUAGGACAAAGCCAGAAGUUUAAAAAGAGGUAAUCCGAGGACAACUAAGAAAUAUUAUGUGAGAAUGAGAAUCUAUCAUUAGCAUUGACAACAGAAAACAUUCUGAGUCCCAAUACGAAGAUUUGCUAAGAUGACUUUAAAAUCAUAAAAGUCAUUGGAAGAGGCACUUUUGGCAAGGUGUUUAUGGUUCAAAAAAAGGACAGUAGUGAAAUCUAUGCCAUGAAAGUUCUGAAAAAGAGUCAGAUUCAUGCUAGAAAUUUAAGAGUCAAGACUAAAUCUGAGAGGGAAAUUCUUGAGAAAAUUAGAAACCCUUUUAUAGUGGAUCUGUUCUUUGCCUUUCAAACUGAAGACAAACUCUACUUUAUAAUGGACUUUUUAAACGGAGGUGAGCUGUUCUAUCAUCUCAGAAAGGAUUUAAAAUUCUCUGAAAAGAGGGCAAAGUUCUAUGCAGCAGAAAUAAUCUGUGCUCUUGAGUGUCUACAUUCAAAUGAUAUCGUUUAUAGAGACCUUAAACCUGAAAAUAUCAUACUGGAUUGCGAAGGUCAUUUGAAGAUAACAGAUUUCGGAUUGUCGAAGCAGGGUCUUUAGAAUCAGAGCGAGGAGGGUAAAACCUAUUCGUUUUGCGGGACUCCUGAGUAUUUGGCUCCAGAGAUCAUUACCGGACAAGGUCAUGACAAAUCAGUCGACUGGUGGAGUUUAGUAAUAUUAUAUAGAUUUAACAAUUUUCAGGGUGCACUAAUAUUUGAGAUGCUUUCAGGCAGACCACCACACUAUUAGAAGAACAGAAAGUAGAUGAUGUCUGAUAUAGUUGAGAAGAGGAUAGAGAUGAAGCCCUACUUUAGUGUUGAGGCUAAGAGUCUACUUCAAGGUCUGCUGGAAAGAGAUCCCUCUAAAAGAUUAGGUUCUUCAGAUUCUGAUGCAAAAGAUUUGAAAAGACAUCCUUGGUUUGCAAAGAUAAACUGGGACAAGUUAAAGGCUAAGAAGAUCGAGCCUCCAUUUAAGCCAAUUGUUUCGGGCCCUUCAGAUACCAGGAACAUUGAUAAGAUGUUCUUAAAUGAACCUGCAAAGGAUACACCUCAGCAUCAAGACUUGUCUCCCAACACAAAGAAGAUAAAUCAUUUUGAUCAAUUCACUUACGUCGCUAACAAUGCUACUAACAACUUAACUACAUCUGAAAUUUCCAAAAAGUGA